AUGGAGAUCACUACGGGGGUCGUGGAUGAGAAUGUCACCAACUCCUCCACCAGUUUCCUCUCUGUACUCAACCCCUAUGGAGCCCACACAGCUUCCUUUCCAUUCAACUUCAGCUAUGGUGACUAUGACAUGCCCUUGGAUGAGGAUGAGGAUGUGACGAACUCCCGGACAUUCUUUGCUGCCAAGAUUGUCAUUGGCAUGGCCCUGGUGGGCAUCAUGCUGGUCUGUGGCAUUGGCAACUUCAUCUUUAUUGCCGCCUUAGCCCGCUCUAAGAAGCUGCGUAACCUCACUAACCUGCUCAUCGCCAACCUGGCCAUCUCUGACUUCCUGGUGGCUGUUGUCUGCUGCCCCUUUGAGAUGGACUACUAUGUGGUGCGCCAGCUCUCCUGGGAACAUGGCCAUGUCCUGUGUGCCUCUGUCAACUACUUGCGCACCGUCUCUCUCUAUGUCUCCACCAAUGCCCUGCUGGCCAUCGCCAUUGACAGGUAUCUGGCCAUUGUUCACCCACUGAGACCACGGAUGAAGUGUCAAACAGCCACGGGCCUGAUUGCCCUGGUGUGGACAGUGUCCAUCCUCGUCGCCAUCCCAUCUGCGUAUUUCACCACGGAGACGGUCCUCAUCAUUGUCAAGAGCCAGGAGAAGAUCUUCUGUGGCCAGAUCUGGCCGGUGGACCAGCAGCUCUACUACAAGUCCUACUUCCUCUUCAUCUUUGGUAUCGAGUUCUUGGGCCCGGUGGUCAUCAUGGCCCUGUGCUAUGCCAGGGUCUCGCGCGAGCUCUGGUUCAAGGCGGUCCCCGGGUUCCAGACAGAGCAGAUCCGCAAGCGGCUGCGCUGCCGUCGGAAGACCGUGCUGGUUCUCAUGUGCAUCCUCACCGCCUACGUGCUGUGCUGGGCGCCCUUCUACGGCUUCACCAUCGUGCGUGACUUCUUCCCCGCGGUGUUUGUGAAGGAGAAGCACUAUCUCACCGCCUUCUACAUCGUGGAGUGCAUCGCCAUGAGCAACAGCAUAAUCAACACCCUGUGCUUCGUGACCGUCAAGAACAACACCAUCAAGUACUUCAAGAAGAUUAUGCUGCUCCACUGGAAGGCUUCCUAUAAUGGAAGUAAGUCGAGCGCUGACCUUGAUCUCAAAACCAUGGGGAUGCCUGCCACUGAAGAGGUGGACUGCAUCAGACUGAAAUAA